AUGGAUACUCCGCUAGAGAUGGAUCCACUUGGAGUCGAACCAGUUGUCGAGACUGCUGAUACCGUUGAUAAUCUCAACAAUGUUGCAAAUAAUCAAAUCAAGGAGGAUGCAAAUUAUGAUGUUGACUUGGGGAAACUUACUGGGUUUUUAGGCCGGUGCGUUGUCAAUCUCGUUCUCCCCUUUGUGAAUGGGCUCAUGCUCGGUUUUGGAGAAAUUGUAGCGCACGAGGUUUGUGCGCAAUAUGGAUGGCGCGGGGCAAGGGGGCUCAUCCGUCGUAAAGAGAAGGGACCAGGUGAAAUGACGGGGCAACGUUCCGAGAGAGGGCAACUUAAUCGAAUCAAUAACGGGGUAUUACACCGGGGGUUAUAA